AUGCCUAUGUUUUUUAAUUAUUUUCGAUUUCUUGGUAAAAUUUCCUUAUCAAAUUUUCCUUAUUUAGAAGCAUCGUCACUGAACUGGCAGGAUGCAUUCGACCUUCGGUCACAGUUAACAGAAGAGGAAUGCACUCUGAUGGAUUCUACCAGAGAAUACUGCAAAGAUAAGCUGCUUCCACGCGUUACGCAGGCCUUUCGCACCGAAGAAUUCGACCCAACUGUAAUUCCUGAAAUGGGCCAAAUGGGACUAUUAGGAGCACCUUAUCAAGGUUAUGGUUGUGCCGGGACAUCGUUUGUUGGUUACGGUUUGAUUGCGCGAGAGAUCGAACGGAUUGAUAGCGGUUACAGAUCAGCAUUUAGUGUCCAAACGAGUUUGGUAAUAUCGCCGAUUUACAGGUUUGGUACUGAAGAGCAAAAAGAGAAGUAUAUUCCAAAACUUGCUGCUGGUGAGAAGAUAGGAUGCUUUGGUCUAACAGAACCAAAUCAUGGCUCGGACCCUGCCGGUAUGGAGACCAAAGCUAAAUGGGAUUCUAUAAAGAAAGCUUAUUUUUUAUCUGGGACAAAGUCAUGGAUUAGUAAUUCGCCUGUUGCCGAUAUUUUUAUAGUUUGGGCGAGGAGUGAACGACAUAACAAUGAUGUUAUGGGUUUUAUUUUGGAGAAGGGAAUGCCACGACUGACUGCACCAAAAAUCGAAGGCAAGUUGUCUUUGCGAACAAGCAUAACUGGGCAGAUUGCUAUGGAUGAAGUAGAAGUGCCUGAAGAGAAUAUUUUGCCGAAAAUAAAAGGCCUUGCUGGUCCAUUUGAUUGCUUGAAUAAUGCAAGACUUGGAAUAGCAUGGGGCGUGUUGGGGUCUGCUGAGGAGUGUUUUCAUAUAUCUCGUCAGUACGCUUUGGAUAGACCACAGUUUGGAAGGCCACUUGCAAAGAACCAGCUAAUCCAGUUGAAGUUUGCAGAUAUGCUUACCGAAAUAACGCUUGGUUUACAAGCAUGUUUGAGAGUGACGCGGUUGAAAGAUGCCAAAAAAGUAGUGCCAGAACAAAUUUCAUUGAUUAAAAGGAACAAUUGCAUGAAAGCAUUGGAUAUUUCUCGGAAGGCGAGAGACAUUCUUGGUGGGAAUGGUAUUGUGGAUGAGUACCACGUUAUGAGACACUUGGUUAAUCUUGAAACAGUAAACACCUAUGAGGGCACUCACGAUAUACAUGCCUUAAUAUUGGGUCGAUCAAUAACGGGUUUACAAGCCUUCAAGGCUUGA